GGUUGGGCUGACUCGUGAAACGCUGAAUCCUUGAAUCCUGACCUUAUCCUUCUCGCUUGCCCAGUUCUCUGCUUCGCGCCGCACUGCAAGGGUUUCUGCGUUUGCCUUCAUCCGCCCAGCGUCCUUCAUCCGCCCAGCGUCCUUCAUCCCAAUCAUGAAUCGAGAGAAGCUAAUCAAGAUGGCAGGUGCAGUCCGCACCGGUGGAAAAGGCAGUAUGCGCAGGAAGAAGAAGGCAGUUCAUAAAAGCCCAACUACUGACGAUAAAAAGCUGCAGAGCACAUUGAGAAGAAUUGGGGUAAACACUAUCCCUGCUAUAGAAGAAGUCAACAUUUUUAAAGAUGAUGCUGUCAUCCAGUUUCUGAAUCCCAAAGUGCAAGCUUCAAUUGCAGCCAAUACAUGGGUGGUUAGCGGUGUACCUCAAACUAAAAAACUCCAGGACAUACUCCCUACAAUCAUCAACCAAUUAGGUCCUGAUAAUCUAGAGAACUUGAGGAAGCUCGCAGAGCAGUUCCAGAGGCAAGCACCUGAAGCUGCUGCUGCUGCAGCUGAUAAAGGCGGAGAAGAAGAAGACGGCGAUGUCCCAGACCUAGUGCCUGGAGAGACAUUUGAGCAGGCUGCUGAAGAGAAACAAGCUUCAUAGGUAUCAAUUUUGCAUUGGUAAUUUCUCGACGCUGGCUAUGCAUGAGUUUUUCUUGUUUAUGGAGAACGAUGAUGCUCAAAUCUUUGGAAGAUUUGUUGAUGUAUUAUUUUUCCUCAGUGUUUAAUCCUGACAAUGUAAACUUUUUUCUAAUGAUAUAUUUCAUAUCAUUUUUGGAAGCUUUAA